ACUAUAUUUAUGGUGUGGACAGGUGUGUGUUAAAGUGAGUAUGCUUUAUAUGUUGAUUUGGCUCAGAAAGUUCUGGCACUUUAGCUAGUGGCCUCAAAUUGAACUCUCAUAUUUCUUUUCCUAUUCCUGAAGUGUAGGUGUAUGUGUGUGUGGAGUGUGACCUCAAGGUGAACUAGACAUUUGAACACAUACAUCCUCCAUCUCCAAAGUAUGUGUGAAUUGUCAGUGGGCACAUCCAUCACAUAUACAUUCUAACUGGGCCUUACUAAACCUAACUGAGCCCUCUCACCACCUUUUAUUGAUUUAAUCCCCAGUCCAAGUAUCCAAGUGCAAGUCAUUUAUUUUCCAGGAAAUAUUACUGAGAAAUAAAUUACAAAAGAUAUUCCAAUUUUUUAAGGAAGGAGAAACUUAAAGGAAAAUAAGCGCAAAAACUAGAGUUUCCAAAACUAGAGUAAAAAAAAUGAUUAAAAGCUACGGAGAAAAUGGGCCUCCUAACAACCACCUGCAGCACCUGGUAAAGCACCAAAACUCUCCACAUCAGAUAAACAGCACUUAAAGCUUCAUCUUAGAGAGUGAGGAGAAAAAUAAGGUCCACUCUUGCUUCAAAUCUAAAAAAAUUACAGGUGCUUCAGUCCAUCCUUCCACUGGGAGAAGACACAACACUAUGGGUCUGAAAGGAUGUGUAGCUGUUAAGAAGCUCUUACUCAGAAAACAAAAAAGCUGCUGGCGUUCUCAGGACAACAGACUGACCAACCCAAAGUCCAGACCUCAACAUCACGGAAUGCGUUUGGGAUCAUUUGGAUCGUGAGAAGCAGAAAACGCAAAAUCUGCUUUUUUUUCCCCAUGUUGAAACAUGAAUAACUGGAAACUACAUGAAGGGUGCUCUCUGAAUUUUGCACAGUACUGAAGGCUUGCCUUCAGUUUUGUAAGUAAAGCCCCUCUUCCACUUCACAUCUGGACUCAAUGAACCUUGGAGCCUCUAUGUUAAAUAAAGCAAGCUGUCCCAUACAAAAAAGACAUAUGACAAUAUACUGGUUCUCCAUAUACAGUGCUGCUUGGAACUUUGUGAACCUUUUAUCAUUUUAUGAAUUUCUACAUAAAUGUUACCUAAAAUAUGAUCAGGACUUCAUUUAAAAUCAUAACAUUAGAUAAAGAGAAGCCAACAAAUAACAUAAAACAUAUACAGUUUUCCUUCAUUUACUCAAGUAAUCUAACAUUGAAUGUCCUUGUUGGCAGAAGUAUGUGAACCACUGCAGGAACUGGUGUGACCCAUUUGAGCAGCAACCAAAGGGUUCUUAUCACUGUUGAACAGUCCUGGAUAUUGACCUGAAGGAAUCUUUGGCCCAUUCCUCUCUACAGACCUGCUUUAAUUCUAUUAUGCUGGUAGGCUUUCUUGCAUGAACACCGCAAUUUAGGUUCUGCCUCGACGUUUCUAUCGGAUUAAGGACUAAGACUGACUAUGAUGGCAAGCUCUCCUAGUCCAAUAGCAGCAAAACAGCCCCAAACCGUGAUGUUGGCACCACAGUCAGGCCCCUAUGAUCUGUUGUCCUCCUGCAGGGUUCCAUAUGUCUGAAAAGCUGCACACGUGUAAGUUGUGCAACAACUUGGGGGUGAGGAGUGUUGAGGGGAGGAGUGUGAGUGAGAGGGAUGGGUUAAAGCACAAACCAGGGAGGAUAAAAGACUCACCUGCAUCCCCACAUUUAGCCUCCUCACUUCCACAAACAGAAGACUUUUCCACUCAAACGGCUGAUUCACAGUCAUGCUGAGGUUUGUGGCCUUCCUGCUGUGCGCUACAGCAGCCUGCGCAGACAUCAUGCCCAAGAUCGGCUUCAAGCUGGACGAGAUAAAAGGGAAGUGGUACCUCAUUGGCUUUGCCACAGACGCUAGCUGGUUUGUCAAUCAUAAAGACGGCAUGAAGAUGGGACUGGCCCUUCUGGAGCCAACGAGUGAUGGAGACCUGGACCUGACCUACACUAAGCUAGAAGAUGAUGGCUCCUGCAAUAAGAUGACCCACCUCGCUAAAAAGACUGAGACUCCUGGAAAGUUUUUUUUCCACAGCAAGCGCUGGGGGAAUGAUAAUGACAUGCGCGUGGUUGAUGUCAAACCUGAUGAGUUUGCUCUUGUCCACACUAUCAAGACCAAAGGAGGUGUGAGUGAAGUGCUCAACCAUCUGUAUGGCCGCACCAAAGACCUGAGCGCAGAACUGAAGAAAAGGUUCCAGGAAUUCUCUCUGGAAACGGGUGUCAAGCGUGAGAACAUCGUCAUUCUGCCACUAAACGACGUUUGCUGAGAUGGAUCUCAUACUUUUAAAGAUCUUCAGUUGCUCCAGCAGACAUUUUGUUCAAGCUGUUUUUUCUGGCUUUCAACACCUCAUUUUGUGCUUACGCAUAAAGAGUAAAGCAAACUGAUUCCUACUGGAAGCCUUUAGGCAGUCACUUCACAUUUCAGUGCAUCACAGGCCUUUUUAGAUAACCCAGACAAGAUAUAUGGUUUGAUUCUAGAUUUCUAGAAAAAACUGCAGAGACAUUUGAGUCAUCCUAAUUUAACCAGAAUCAUUUAAGCAAAGCACCACUACAGUCAUUGUUCAUUUGAUUACAAAUCAGACAUGGGCUUUUAUAUGACAAACAAGAAAAGGGAGACAUUAGACACAAAAUACUCUAUUUUUUAAUAAUUUUGUAUUUACAAAUGUUAUAUACACACUUCUUUUCAGAAUAUACCUAUUCAAAGUUACACGCUAUGCUUGCUCCAGACUCGUGCAUUUCUCCUUUUCAAGUUUCUAUCGCCUAUCAGGCAAGAAGCCAUGUUUAGUCCUCCUAAAGGUCAGAAGAUUUUGUUCUUAAAAUCCUCUGAUUAUUUUGUUAUUAUUAUCUUAUAACCACUUUCUGAUUAAAAGAUUGUGUAAGACCUAAAGAGAGCUAUCAACCAGCACUGCCACUGCAGAUACAGUUAGGACUCUUAUGAAUCUUACUGCUCAAUCUUAAUUUACCAAACACAAGCAACACACACACAACUGAAAACUUCCACAAAGCAGAGAAACGUCAUUUAAAUGCACAAUCAUGAGCCAAAUAUUUGUUGUCUAAACAAACAAACAUAAAAUUGAAAUGUGCACAUAAACAAUAA